GGUCUGUUUAGCCCCUCAUGAGGAGGUUGCAGAAUGUAAAUGGGCCUUACUUCUCAAUCCCAUGACGAUGAUGACGUGUACUCAUCCAAUUGUCCAAGUUUUUCCAACUCAACGAUGACGGAAAAACCGUACGGCAGGCAUCAUUUUGCGGGAGCAGCGGAAUCACUUGCUCCACGAAUUGCAGAAAAAGCGAAUCCAGAAUUGCCCUCAUUUGAUUUGUUGCCUCUGUUGUUCACCCGGAUCGUUGAUCUCCCGCGUCGUGUCCUUCCCUCCUGUCUUUGAUAAUUCCCCACUUUUCUAGAUUUCAGGAAAAAAUGUUUGUCACAGCGAAGCAUCAAUUGCUGUUGAGACACCAUUGUCAUCGUUGGCUGGUUGCCAAACCUUGUUAUGGUUCUAGUCAUCGGAACAAUCAUUUAGGACGAUAUCAUCGUCGACCUCGCCCGAAGAAAUUUGCAGCGGUGGUGGAGGAGUCAUGGCGAACGAGCGAUUCACACAUGGAUUACUGCCUCCCAACUGCACCCUUGAAUCCGCCGAGAAGAUAAAUCUUCAUUCCUUGGGGGGGAUCUUCCAAGAAAAUGAUUCAGUUUUUGAUCAUGCAUUGACCCGUCUCCAAUUGCAAUUGGUUAUUAUUUUCGGGCUUACCCAAUCCCUUCAUCUGUUGCUCAGGCGAUUGCAUUUGCCCCGCAUUUGCUCCGAAAUUUUGGCUGGUAUUAUACUGGGGCCAACUGUUCUAGGAAAUUACAAGAGAGUCUACAAUGGUUUGUUCCCACCCGAAGGAGAUAUAUUCUUAGACAUUCUAUCAAAAAUUGGUUAUAUCUACUACAUAUUCCUGAGUGGUGUGAAGAUGGACCCAAGAGUGGUGUUAACAUCAAGUGCCGGUAGUAUGACGGCCUGGACUGUAGGAGUUCUUUCCCCAUUAAUUCCGUUUACUGGAGGCGCAGCAUUGAUUUUGGCUAUAAAGUAUUCCUCAAUGUUCAACAUCCACCGUUAUCACUUGCCAGCCGUUCGAAGUAUAGUCUCAACCAGUGUUUUAUUUCCUUUUCCAGUGAUUGCUUCUCUCCUGAUCGACCUGAAAAUCAUGAACUCUGAACUUGGUCGUCUCACUCUGGCAUCCGCCUUGAUCAGUGAUUUGAUCAGCAAUUUUAUGGCUACUGUAGCUGCCAACAUAAAGAUGGGUUCAGGUUACAAGGAUGGAAUGACUGCAUCAUCUGUCAUCUUAUUCAUUGGCUGGUGUUGUCUUAUAGUUGGGUCAGCUGGGCCAUUUGCUCGUUGGAUCAUUAAGCAAACCCCCGAAGGAAAGCCAAUGAGUAGGGUUUUCACAAUCUUGAUAUCUGGCGCAGUCCUUCUGGCUGUCAUACUUACUGACAAUGCCGGCAUCAACUACCUUUAUGGUCCUUUCUUGCUAGGCUUAGCAUUGCCAGAUGGCCCACCUUUAGGCUCCACACUUGUUGAAAAGUUGGAGACUAUAGCAUGUGGAUUGCUUACUCCUCUAUUGGUUACCUACUGUAGCAUGAGAGUCAAUUUGGUUGAAUUGUACGACCUGGAUUUCAUUUGGAGGGUGUGGGCUCUUAUUGGGUUUUGUCUGGUGAUGAAGUUUGCUUCCGUUCUUUUCCCAGCAUUGAUGUGCAAAGUGCCAUUUAAAGAUGCUUUAUCGCUUUCCUUCAUCAUGUGUACACAAGGAGUCAUUCAGAUUGCUUUCUAUUUUACCUUCUCCACUUCCCAGUUAUUUGACAGAGAAACCCUGUCCAUGGUGACUUCUUCAGUAUUCUUAAUAGCCACAAUCACACAACUCUCCGUGAAGGCAUUGUAUGAUUACUCCAGUAUCUACACUGGGUAUCAUAAGAGAGAUAUCCAACACAUUGCUUGCAAUGCUGAACUGCGCGUGCUUACAUGUGCUCACCGGCUGGAUGAUGUUCUUGCAGUCAAAAGAGUACUAGAAGCUUCCUUCCCUAACAAAGAAAGCCCUUUAGCUGUAUAUGGGCUCAGUUUGAUGGAACUAGUUGGCAGAGCCAGCCCAGUACUAAUAGAUCACCAGCUAGGCCAGAAGGCUUCUUCAGCUGGCAUUCGUUCUCAGAAAAUCAUUGAAGUUUUCCAUCAACUGGAGCAGCAAUUCAUGGGUUUAGUUAGCAUGCAAUUGUAUACUGCAGUCUCAAUGCCCAGGUUCAUGCACCACGACAUAUGCUCGCUUGCCUUUGACAAGUUGGCAGCAUUUAUUAUACUCCCAUUUCAUAGGAGAUGGAACAACCAGGGGAAACUGACAUUGGACAGCAGUAGUAUAAGGAUAACGAACUGCAAUGUUUGUGACAUGGCUCCUUGUUCUGUGGGUAUCCUUGUUGAUCGUCACAGAAUGAAGCGUCAAUCACCUAUUUCGUCGGUGUAUAACGUAGCUGUAAUUUUCAUUGGUGGAGGGGAUGACCGCGAGGCGCUGUCUUAUGGCAAGCGUAUGGCGAGAUCACCUGGGAUGCACCUGACUGUGAUUCGUUUUGUUCCCUGGGAUUCCAUGGGUGAUAACCAAUGGGAUGCUAUUUUUGAUGUUGAAAUAUUAAAGGAUACGAGGAUGCAAGCUACUCACCAGGAUAAUAUCGUAUACAGAGAGGAGAGGGUGAAAGAUGGAGCGGAAACAGCCUUACAAAUACACUCGCUGGUGGAGACUUUUGACCUUAUAAUGGUGGGAAGGCGUCACAGGGAGGACUCGCCGCAGUUGUUGGGCCUUAACGAAUGGAGUGAACUGCCGGAGCUAGGGCCAGUUGGUGACAUGCUGGCGGCAACAGAGAUUUCCAGACCAGUUUCUGUAAUGGUGGUGCAACAGCAGAUUGUAAGGAAACGGUGAUAAGUUUGGGCAGCAUUGUGAUGGAUGGGGGAUAGCAGCACCAAAAUGUCUUUGCCUCUUUGAUGUUCUUUUGGGCUCUUAUUGCCCAUGUUUGUACUUUGUGCUCCAAGGAAAUGUUGAUAUUUUCGAAGCUUUGAAUUGUCCAUUUUCUUUUUCGGGUUGAGCUUUAAAAGUUUGAGACUUCGAAUCACUCUGCUCGAUGGAAGUUCAAUUCUUGUUAAAGAGAUGUUUCCGACAUCGAGUUUGAGUUUGAGUUUGAGUUUGAAUCAUAAAUGUGUAGAUGGCAACUUAAGUCCCACAUCGAGCUUAUUUGAAAAACCACACCGGUUUUUAUAGUUUUCUGCGUGUGCUUCGGCGCUGACGAUGUGAAUGGACUGUGGUGUGGUAACUUUGCCGGACCCUCGCUUAGGAAAGUCCCCGGGCCAUAUCUGCAGAGAUGCAGGCUCGGAAUUCACGGCCUACGAGCCAUUAUGGGCUGAGACACGUGUGGAGCCCGGAACUCCAGCCGUGAAGUCCCUUGGCCGAACAACAGUUAUUCACGUGGUCCAUCACGACUAACAGAACGGGGCUUACGAUCGGCGGCGUUAACCUUUUUUUGGGUUUCAGUUUCUUAUUUCUUUUCGGAAAAGAUAUUAUGAGUAAGUGAUAAAUAGUUCGGUUUUAUAUUACUUCAUACGAAAAUUAUUAGAUACAGCUAUUAUAUCAUGGUUUUUAAUGCAGCAAAUAUAAGUACCUUUCAUACGAAAAAUUAUUAGAUACAGCUACUGUAUCAUGGUUUUUAAUGCAAC